CGAAAACUGUUAUAAAACGAACACGAAAAAGGCCAAGUUAAGACAACAUCACAACCGAAACAACAACCCCACCAUAUCUUAUUUUUGUCCGUUUCUUCAUUUCAUUUUCUUGUUUUGGUUCGUUUCCCGGUAAAACCGUGUCGGAAUCAACAAACAACAGUUACAUUUACACUUAGAGAGCAACCAGAACUAAAUAAAAGUCUCAGCCUACGGAUGGCUCAAGUACUAUCUACACCGUUGGCCAUCCCCGGCCCAACGCCAAUACAAUUCAUGGCGGGUCUUCUUGCUCGAAUCGUUACAAAAAAUACGAACAAAGAGACCAGUACUCCAGAGAGCCCGAGGAGUCCGCGGACUCCACAAGGCUCUAUUCUCAUGGACAAGUACGAAAUAGGAAAGCUUCUUGGCCACGGAAGCUUCGCUAAGGUCUAUUUAGCACGGAACAUUCAUUCUGGCGAGGAUGUUGCCAUCAAAGUCAUUGACAAGGAGAAGAUAGUGAAGAGUGGAUUGGCCGGUCAUAUUAAACGGGAGAUUUCAAUCCUCCGCCGUGUCCGCCACCCUUACAUUGUACACCUACUCGAGGUUAUGGCUACGAAGACAAAGAUUUACAUUGUGAUGGAGUACGUUCGAGGCGGAGAGCUUUAUAAUACGGUGGCUAGAGGACGGCUUCGAGAAGGAACCGCGAGGAGAUAUUUCCAGCAGUUGAUCUCAUCCGUUGCUUUCUGCCACAGCCGCGGUGUUUACCACCGCGAUCUCAAGCUUGAGAAUCUGCUUUUGGACGACAAGGGGAACGUGAAAGUCUCUGACUUUGGGCUCAGCGUUGUCUCGGAGCAGCUCAAGCAAGAAGGAAUCUGUCAAACGUUUUGCGGGACACCAGCUUAUUUGGCGCCUGAGGUUUUGACAAGGAAAGGUUAUGAAGGUGCAAAAGCCGAUAUUUGGUCUUGUGGAGUGAUCUUGUUUGUAUUGAUGGCUGGUUAUCUUCCAUUUGAUGACAAGAACAUAUUGGUUAUGUAUACAAAGAUAUAUAAAGGGCAGUUUAAGUGUCCUAAAUGGUUUUCUCCUGAGCUUGCAAGGCUUGUGACCCGGAUGCUAGACACGAAUCCAGAUACCCGAAUCACAAUACCGGAGAUCAUGAAGCAUAGAUGGUUCAAGAAAGGGUUCAAACAUGUCAAAUUCUAUAUUGAAAACGAUAAGUUAUGUAGGGAGGAUGAUGACAAUGAUGAUGACGAUUCAUCAUCAUUGUCAUCAGGCCGAUCAUCGACUGCUUCAGAAGGAGAUGCAGAGUUUGAUAUUAAAAGGGUUGAUUCAAUGCCGAGACCCGCGAGUCUAAACGCAUUUGACAUCUUAUCGUUCUCAGAUCUUUCGGGUUUGUUUGAAGAAGGUGGACAAGGAGCAAGGUUUGUAUCUGCUGCUCCUAUGACAAAGAUCAUAUCGAAAUUGGAAGAGAUUGCCAAAGAGGUGAAAUUUAUGGUGAGGAAGAAGGAUUGGAGCGUGAGGCUAGAAGGUUGUAGAGAAGGAGCUAAAGGACCGUUGACAAUUAGAGUCGAGAUCUUUGAGCUGACGCCAUCUCUUGUGGUGGUUGAAGUGAAGAAGAAAGGAGGAAAUAUAGAAGAGUAUGAAGAGUUUUGCAACAAGGAACUUAGACCACAGCUGGAGAAACUGAUGCAUUACCAAGCAGAUGAAGUUGAAGAAGUAAUGUGUUUGCCACCUGAAAUUGAACAGUGA